CAGUUGUAUAUGUGAAUUGUGUCUGUGUGUGUGUUACUGUGUUUACGUGUCAAUCGUGUAAAAAUGGCUGACGUUAAUUUUUCCGCUCGUGCUUAUUGUAAAAUUCUUUUACACGCUAUUAAAUAUCCAUAUUGUGCAAUAAAUGGCUUAUUAUUAGCUAAAUCGAAAAAUAAAUCCGAUGCUAAAACAAAUGAAUUACAAAUUGUCGAUUGCAUUCCAUUAUUUCACAUAUGUCUACACAUUUCUCCCAUGUCAGAAGUAGCUUUAACUAUGAUUGAUCAGUAUGCUUCUCGUAAAGGCCUUGUAAUAGCUGGUUACUAUUUAGCAAACGAAAAUAUGAACGACAUGAGUACGGAUAAACCAGCUCACAGAACAAUGUCAGAAAAAAUAGCAGAAAAUUUUGGACAGGCCCUUCUAGUUGUUAUAAAUAACAAGGAAAUGAAUUACAAUAUGGAUAUUAAUCCACUGAGGGUCUCUCAACACGCGGACGGAAAGUGGAAAUCAAAGGACAAAGCAGACAUAAAUUUCGAAGGAGGAAAAACACUCUUUGAAACAAUGUCCUGUUUAAUGAAAGAAGAAGACUGUAAAACAUUAGUUGAUUUUGACAAUCAUCUUGACAAUAUUGCUUUAGAUUGGCAAAAUUUAAAGCUCAACGAUAGAAUAGAAGAAGUAAUGGGAAAUAAUCAAUAGGUUGGAAAAUUUACUAAUUUAUUUCAAUUUUAAUGCUAUCCACAAAUAUUCUGUUUUUUCACACGUUCUCUGUCAUCAAUCAAAUGAAAGCCACAUAAACGUUAAAUGUAAAUACCCUGUAGAAUUUAUAUUAAAAAAAUUGUUUUUAUUUACGAAA